UUCAAGACGUCACUUUAAGAAGGAACUCAUUUAAAAUUUUCUAAAUCCAAACACUGUGUUUGGGUGAAACCUAAAUUAUAGAAAUUAUAAAAGCCAACCAAAAGAAUUAAGAAAACAAUAAUAAUUAACUUUGUGACAAGUAAUUCUUCAGGCAUGUUUUCUGCUUUCUCAUCUUUUUCUAGCAGCGGUGCUUCAGAUGACAAUGAAGACUUUGAUAGUUCUUGUGUUGGAAGUUAUAAAAUGGAGGGAGAGGUUCACAGUCAUUUAGAGGAGAACAUUCGUCCAUACAUUGAUCUGAUUGACACUCUGCGGUCAGUUGGCAUUCAUAAGGACUUGGGAUUGCCAACUAUUGUAGUGAUUGGCGACCAGAGUUCUGGAAAAAGUUCUGUGUUGGAAGCACUGUCUGGAGUUGCAUUACCGAGAGGGAGUGGAAUUGUCACCAGAUGCCCACUAGAGCUGAGGUUGAGGAAGGUUAUAGGUGGAGUCAACUGGAAGGCAAUUAUUUCUUACCGUAUGAAGAGAAUUGAGUUUGUGGAUUCAUCCUCAGCUGUAAAAAAUGCUGGACCUGUUCUUAGUAAGGUUUCUGGCCAAAUGGCAAAUGGAUUCAGCAGGAAGUCACAUACAUCCUACAAGGAGAAGAAAAUUGAAUUUGGGGAUCCAUCGCUAGUUGAAAAACACGUUGCAGAUGCCCAGAAUGAGCUGGCAGGAAAAGGGUCAGGAAUCUCUGAUGAACUAAUCACUUUAGAGGUCAUGUCACCAGAUGUGUGUGACCUCACACUGAUUGAUUUACCUGGAAUUGCCAGAGUCCCAGUAAAAGGACAACCAGAUGAUAUUGGAAACAAGAUCAAAACUCUGAUUAUGAAAUAUAUUGAGAGGCAGGAAACUAUAAACAUGGUAGUGGUCCCUUGUAACAUUGACAUUGCCACAACAGAAGCAUUAAAAAUGGCAAAAGAAGUAGAUCCGGAUGGUAAAAGGACUGUCGCCAUUUUGACCAAGCCAGACCUCAUAGAUGUGGGAACAGAAAUUAACGUUUUGGCAAUUGCCCAGAACAAAUUGAUCCCUCUCAGCAAGGGUUACAUCAUGGUGAAAUGUAGAGGUCAAAAACAGAUUGAUGACAAAAUUCCUCUGAAUGAGGCUUCACAAAUGGAGCAACAUUUCUUCGAAAAUCAUAACUAUUUCAGCUGCCUCUUGGCUAAAAAAACAGCGACUAUUAAAUGUCUUGCCACCAGACUGACUGAGCUUCUCGUUGAACAUAUCAAAAAAUCACUGCCACUGCUCGAUGAACAGAUAAAAAAGCAGUUGUGGGACUUGAAAAAAGACCUCAAGGAGUGUGAGGAUGGACCGCCACAGGACCCUCAGGGGGCAAAACUCUUUCUGAUUCAAACCUUACAACGAUUCAUUGAUCAGAUCAAGUUGUUAUCAUCUGGGGAGCUGAUGCUUGAGGACAAUUUGUUUAACCAACUUCGGGAAGCGUUCAAAGAGUGGAAUGUUCAUCUUGACAGUACAAAGGCUCAAUUUGAUGAGUUAACUGCCGAUAUAAAAGAAUGCAGCCAGAGAUACAGAGGGAGGGAACUGCUUGGCUUUAGCAACUACCGAGUGUUUGAGAUGGUUGUGCAGGACCAUUUGACAAAACUUAAGGAGCCAGCCAUUGAAUCACUCAAUGCUACAAAAGACAUCAUUCUCAAGCAUUUCAAUGAUGUUUCUUAUCAGUGUUUUCGAAACUACCGUUUUCUUCAAAAUAUUGCUAUGAACAAAAUAGACAACAUUCAGUCAAGCCAGCAUGCCAAAGCAGAGCAGAGGAUCUUGGAGCAGUUUGAGAUGGAAAACAUGAUCUACACUCAAGAUCGCAUCUACUUGAAGUUUUUGAAUGAGAUUAGCACAGAAACAUAUUCAGAGAAUCAAAUACCUGGCUUUGACAAAAGAAGCCAGUACAGUGAAAUGCUACAGGCUUAUUAUGGGGUUGUGGUGCAGCGGAUGGCUGACCAGGUGCCCAUGCUGAUCAGUUUUUUAAUGCUGAAGGAGGCUGCUCAGCUUUUGUGUACUGAAAUUCUCACUUUAUUAGAUGGGGCAAAUGUGAGUGAGAUGCUGCAUGAGGAUUCUGAAGUCAGUAGAAGGCGCAUCGACUUACAGGAUCGCUUGACACGACUGAGUAUUGCUCAGGAAAGAAUUGGCAGUUUUAUUUCAGGGGUCUAAUGUUUUCUGAAAUUGUCUAAUGUCUUAGACAACUUAACCAAUAAAACACUCUUGAGCAUAUUAAUAAUUUUUUUAGAUUUAUAUGUAUUGCUAAAUUACUGUCAUUUUCACACAUUGUUCAAACUUCCAUAACCAUUUUUCAAUAAUAUUACUAUUAGCAUUACAAAUACAUUGAUCAAUGUAGUAUUCAUUAAUAUGGUCAUUUUUUUAUUUUUUAAUAUAGCAAAUUAUUAGUGAUUGUAUUUAAGGGAUCCAGAGACUAGAUGACAUUAUGCAAUAUUUUAUGAAAAUUCACAAUGUUGCUGACAACAUAAACCAGAAAACUCUCUUCAGCCUAUAUCAAUUAUUUUGAUAUUUUGAUAUAUUGCUAGAUUGCUUAAAAAUCCAAACUUCCAUUUAAUCAUUUUCAAUAAUGUUAACAUUAGCCUGGCAAAUUAAUUUACCGAUAUAGUCUGUAAUGCAUUACUUUUCCUUGAUACGUUUAUAGCCAAUAGGUUGCUGCAAAUCAAGCAGGUCUCUUUCUUGCUUCCAUCUUAUGAUGCUUCGGGCAGUUCACAAACUUUAAUCUCUUUGAUUGAUGUGCCUAGUAUAUUUAGCAGUACUGUUCAUUGUUUAAAUUUAUGAUCAAUUGAAAAUUAAAAUAAUUUUGUCCUCAUAUCUGUUUAUUACAAAUUUGUAAAUGUUUUCUUUAAUUUUACAAUUUCUGUAUAAACCCAUAAAGAACACAUUAUUAUUAUUUACUUUGAUUAACUGAUUUACUGUAGCACCUGCAAAGUUUGCCUUGUCCUUUUAUACAGUUCACUUUACCUAAACAGUGAUGACAUUUUAAAUACUACACCCCUAACACAUAAAUGCUCACUGACAUGUUAAAACAAAACUACAAAGACACUUGAGGUUUAUUUUAAAACCUUUCUGACUACACAAAAUAAAACGUGGACAUGGCUCAUGAGAAGAGCAAAAUGCAAGCACUCCAGUUGUAAUGUUCAAUUCCAGUGUUUGUGUGUGUGUAAAUCCAUGUACUCAUUUAUUGUGUUUUGUAGUUACAUGCAUGAAGAAAAAAAAAAGGGUGAUUGAAUUUGAAAAUGACAGAAUUUAUUUUAAGUAAGUAAGGCAUGUUAUGGUUUAUUUACAUUUUGUAUUGCACUUUCAUUUCAAGACAUGACACUAUAACUUCUAUAAAUCUGACAUAACAGAAAACAUCUCAUAUUACACAUUUUAAAAGUUGUCCUGAAUUGGAGCUGGAACCACCGAGUUUGAGCAGGAGAGGCAAGUGCUCAAAGUUGAAUGGCAGUACACAGAGGAAACAUCUGAAAAAGAUUGCAAUAACUAAUGAGUCAAUUAUCACAGUCAGAACAUGAUGCUGUAUUUUAGAAAGGGACCCCAUAAUAGUACCUCCUAAAAUAUUCACACAAGUUAUAAAAUUCUAAUAAAUAUUACCUUACAACUGCUUUUAUUAAAUACAUUUACAAUGCGAAACCAAAUUAUUGGCAUAGCAGAUCUUGUACACAAUGUAAUACAGGGUAUUUUUUUUUAAUGGUUUGUGCUCCUAAGAGCAUCUAAUAUGAUUCAACGAUUCAAUAUAAUAUGAUAAUAUUUCAUGAAAUACUCUUUUCUCACAAUAAAUAAACAUGUUAUUUUGUCCACCUUCUUUAGUGUUCUUUCCCAUUUUCUCUUCAACAGCCUUGCGUAUUAUAAAUAUUAUGAAUAUUAUAAAUAUUGCCUAAAUUAACAUUCAAUUCUAUGUUGGCAUUUUAAAGCUGUGGGGUAUCUUGAAAUGUACAGUAUUGCAAUGUUUAAUGUGUUUGUUCAUGUUUCUCAUGUCAUGGUCCCCUGGUCAUGUGAUUUCAUGUUUCCCUCCAUAUUCAUGUUUCUUGUUUUCAUUGGUUUAUUUUCUUGUAACCUUGUUAUCAGUUCUGUCAUCACUCAAAAAAUCAUUAUGCAUGCGCAGAAUUGUGGCAUAAAUAUAACGGCAUAAAGGAUCAGAAUAUCAGACUUGUGUACACAUAAAAAUUGUACAUGCUAUUUGUUACUCAAGGUGGUGCUGUUGUUUCAGCAAGUACAACACAUGAACAGAACUGAUAUUUGGGUGUACUACUGAAUUUGCUUGUAUAUUUAGUCUCCAAAAAUGUCUGAAAACAAUAC